AUGAAUGUCGUGUUGAAACAAAACAGUGAUGUCAGCUGCUACUUCAUCACUAAGCAUUCAUGGAAGGGAAAAUACAAAAGAAUAUUUUCAGUGGGCACGAAGGGCAUCACAACAUACAACCCGACCUCAUUUGAGGUAACCAAUCAGUGGCCGUACGAGGAGUUCAUCAGCAUAAAACCCAACGACAGGUCACCAUCCUCCAAUAAUGAGUUCUGCAUAAUGAUGAAGAAGAACAACAAGAAGACUGACACAAUGAGGUUCUCAACUGACCACAGAUCCGACCUGCUCACAGACGCACUGAGGUUUCAUCGCUUGUUUGCCGAUAAGAACUACAUGCCUAAGAGAUACCAAGCAUACAAACAACACUGGUCAGACAGAAAGGUGUCAACAUGUUUGGAGAUCAACCCAGGCUCACUUGACCAGAUCAAUCCACGCUCUGGUCAGACAUUCUGCUCGUAUGAUUACAAAGAUAUGGAGGGCAUUUCUCUGGUUUCCGAUUAUGACAAGGGUCUGGUCAUCAUGUCUGGAGGAUUCGGUCGAAUGCACAUGUUUUCAGUUGAGAGGCGAGACGAACUGAUCCAAAGCAUCCUCGAGACGUCAUCCAACUACGUGGGUGUCCACAUCCGACUUAAGAAGGAGGGCAUCACGCUAGAACAAUUUCAACUCAACAAGUUUGGCAAGUACAGCACUGACGAGGCAUUGACAUCCUGUGCUGAGUUCACGGUGCAGAAGAAGACCUUGAGGGUGGAGGGGGCAACGAGGAGAACCCUCUGCCUCACUGAGACGUGUCUCGUUGAGAGGGACCCGGCCACGUACAACAUCAUCACGUGCAAGCCUCUCUGUGAUAUUUUUUCAAUAGUCAGACCGAUAGGCAACCCACAAGAGUUCAACAUUGAAUAUGUAAAGGGAGAGAUAAGAACGUACACAUCCACUGAUAGAGAUGCUCUGCUGGCCUCAGUGAUGGAUGGGGUGAGGGCAUCUGGAAACAGGGAUGUGCAUGUCAAAAUGAAAUUCACUAAUCGUGGACAUCGACUUGUUCCCGUGGACGAGGAGGUGGAGAGCCAGCACCUGAAGUUCCUGCAGAACCCUCCCCCGGGCAUGACGGCCACCGAGGUCUUGUCCAGGUUCAACAGCAACGUCUCCUACAGUGGUCUGCUGCAUGCCGUCACUGCCGAGACCUUAUUUGCCGAGAAUAAGGAGCGUCUGAUCAACGGAGCGUUAUCUUCGUUGCUGGAAUCAAAUGGAGGUGACGUGAAGACAAUGGAGUUGGAAGAUUUAGAGGCUCAGCUACAUGCUCUGAGGCGACUAGUCGCUUCAAAAGCUGGAUUUGCCGCUUUCACAGCUCUUCCACAAAUGAGAGAGAAGGUGGGCAUAAAAGUGGUGAAGGCGCUGAAGAGGAAUGACCUCGGUGUCAGUCACGCCGCUGUCGACAUGCUCUGCUCCUUGAUGCAGCCCAUGCACGACAACUACGACCUGCGACAAGAGCAAUUGAACAAAUCAGCUGUCCUCUCGUCGAAGAAGUUUCUUGAAAGUUUACUGGACAUGUUCACUGGUCACGUGAACAGGGGUUCAGGGGCCCUCGUGAUAGCAGCCAUGCUGGAUUUCCUUACGUACUCCCUGUGUGCCCCCUACAGCGAGACCACAGACGGGGCCUGUUUUGAUACCCUCCUCGAGAUGGUUGCCAGCAAUGGCAGGGCCAUCUUCAAGUUGUUCCAACACCCUUCUCUGGCCAUUGUGAAGGGAGCGGGCCUCGUGAUGAAGGCCAUCAUAGAGGAAGGGGAUGCAGAGGUGUCGCUGAGAAUGCAGGACCUCUCCUUGGCUGAGGGCGCGCUGCCCAAACAUCUGCACACUGCCCUCUUCACGAGUAGCACUGAUAACAGAAUGCUCACUGUUAGACAGCUGAGUCGCCAUCUAAUUGGCCUCUGGAUAACAGGACAUGAAACAUCCAUGUCGCUGCUUAAAAGAAUGAUGCCUGUUGGUUUGCUGUCCUACUUGGAUUCCAAGGAUGAUGUUCCUGAUGAUGAUGUCGAUCGGAUCAACGUUAGAGAUAACCUCAAACUUGCACAGAUAUUACUACUUGUUGCCAAAUGGUUCUACACCACGAAACAGGAGCAAGACAUCAGGAAGAGGAAGAACGUUCAUUUGAAGCAGAUAGAGAAGCACAUCGAAGGUCUCCUGGUCCAUUGGAAGAAUAGACUUGGUAUUGAAUCAAACAAUCAAGUCCAGCAAGAUAAAGUUGUCGUCCUGAGAAAGCGAAGGCAGAGGAUCAAACCUGAAGCCAACUGGAAGCUGUUCUAUUACCAAUUCAACAAAGAUCAUGCAAAACCAAAUCUAAUAUGGAAUUAUAAGACGAGGGAGGAGCUACGUUUGGCGCUGGAGGACGAGAUUCGUUCGUUUAACGUGGACAAGGAGUUGUCAGGUGGUGGGGUGGUGUCUUGGAACCAUCUGGAAUGUGAGGUACAAUAUCCAUCGCUAGCCGAAGAAAUUAAAAUAGGGAACUAUUAUUUGAGGAUUUUAUUGGAGGAGGAUGAGAAGGAGGAGUCUAGCAACAUCACUCAAUCUUACGAAUUCUUCAACGACCUCUACCAUCGUUUCUUGCUCUCUUCGAAGAUCCAGAUGAAGGCAGUCUGUCUACAGGCUAUGUCCAUCGUUUAUGGCAGGUGUCACCAAGACAUCGGUCCAUUCAAUGACACCAAGUUCAUCGUCACAAUGCUCGAACGAUCUGUUGACAGGUUGGAAAGAGACAGAUUGAUCAUGUUCAUUAACAAACUCCUUCUCAACAAGAGGAACGUUAAAGAUGUGAUGGAUGCGAAUGGUGUGAAGAUCUUGGUGGACCUCUUAACAAUGGCACACCUGCACGUUAACAGGGCCGUCGUGCCUAUGCAGUCGAAUGUGAUAGAGGCAACCCCGAACAGCCAGAGGGAGAGUGAAAAGGAGUGGUACUAUGGCAUGGCUGACAAGGAGAGGCUCGGUCCCUACAGUCUCGAUGAGAUGAAACAGUUCUGGGCCGAAGGGAUAAUAACGGCAAAAACUCGAUGCUGGGCGCAGGGAAUGGACGGCUGGAGACCUCUCCAACUCACACCCCAACUGAAGUGGACAUUCAUGGCGACUGGACAGGCGGUUCUCAAUGAAAGUGACCUUGCAACGCUCAUACUCAACAUGUUCAUCAAGAUGGCUGAGUUCUAUCCAAGCAGAGAUGUAGACAACUGCAUAAUUCGACCACUACCGCGUAUCAAAAGGUUCUUGACGGAUCCCUCGUGUCUGCCACACAUUGUGCAGUUGUUAGUGACUUUUGACCCAGUACUUGUGGAGAAAGUGGCCACCUUAUUGUACUUGAUAAUGGAUGAGAACCCGUGCAUGCCUCGAUUGUACUUGAGUGGUGCCUUCUUCUUCAUCCUCAUGUACACUGGAUCCAAUGUACUGCCUAUUGCCAGGUUGCUCAAGAACACGCACUUGAAGCAGGCUUUCAGGUCUGAUGAGAAAACGAGUUCAGACAUAAUGCAGAAAAGUGUGUUGGGUCACAUGCUGCCUGAAGCCAUGGUUUGUUACCUGGAGAAUUAUGAGCCUGAGAAGUUUGCUGAAAUCUUCUUGGGGGAGUUUGAUACACCUGAAGCUAUCUGGAGCAGGGAGAUGAGACGCCUGAUGAUCGAGAGGAUAGCUUCCCACGUAGGAGACUUCUCUCCACGUCUGCUGAGUAACACGCGUGCCCUAUACCAAUACUGUCCCAUCCCCGUCAUCGUCUACCCCCAACUUGAAAACGAACUCUUCUGCAGUAUCUAUUACCUGAGGCAUCUCUGCGACACUGCCAGGUUCCCUGACUGGCCUAUCAUGGAUCCGAUCCGUCUGCUGAAGGACAUCUUGAAAUGCUGGAAGGUGGAGGUGGAGAAGAAGCCGCCAUCCAUGUCUGUCGAUGAGGCUCUCGAGACUCUCAACCUCGAUCUCCAUGAUAAGAAGUUGGAUGAGGCGGUGGUGAGGAAGGCCUACUUCAGACUAGCGCACAAGUACCACCCUGAUAAGAAUCCCGAUGGAAGGGAAAUGUUCGAGAAGGUGAACAAGGCGUACGAGUUUCUUUGCAGUCGAGUGAAGUUGUCAGACGGUCCCAACCCUGAGAACAUCGUCCUCAUCCUCAAGUCCCAAUCCAUCCUCUUUGAGAGGUUCAGGAAUGUUCUGGCGCCCUACAAAUACGCCGGCUACCCGAUGUUGAUUCGAACGAUUCAGCUGGAGUCAGUGGACGAUGCCCUCUUCUCCAAGUCGGCUCCCAUCCUCAGCGCGGCUGCUCAACUCUCCUACCACACUGUCAACUGCUCGGCCCUCAAUGCCGAGGAGUUGAGGAGGGAGGGAGGAAUCGAGAUCCUACACGAUGCAUUUUCGAGAUGCGUUGGUGUCAUCAGCAGGUCCUCAAAACCCGAAGAUCUGGCCGUGUGCACCCACAUAGUGCAAUGUUUCGGAGUGUCGGCGCAGUUUGAUGCAUGUCGAACGUGUAUCUUGGCACUGCCUACCAUCGUCCAGGAGGUUACGAGGAUCCUCUACUACAAUAAUGUUCCGAAAUUGUGCCAGCACGUUGCCGAGUGCAUAACACUGCUGUCGGUGGAUGCCACGCUGCAGGACAACAUGCUGAAGGCUGGCGUCCUCUGGCACCUCCUUCUCUUCCUAUUUGAAUACGACUACACGCUGGAGGAGGGUGGAGUUAACAAGAGUGAUGAAACCAAUCAGCAGGAAACAAAAAACAACCUUGCGAAACUGGCAAUUCAUGCUUGCGCGCGAUUGGCUGGUUGUCUGUCGGGUGAGUUUGCCACGCCCAGCAAUCCGUUCAUCAAGAAGUGUCUGGCCUCCAUGCUCACCCCAUACCUCGCUAACAAACUGGCCGACAACCAGUCUGCCGAGCUCUUGAAGCUGCUGAACAGAAACACAGAGAACCCUAUGUUAGUGUGGAACAAUGAGACCAGACUGCAACUCAUUGAGUAUCUAACUGACCAGCAACAACUUCAAAUCAGAACUGGGGAGUGUGACCCUACGUAUGGCAGCACAUUCCAGUUCAGUAGGCAUGAGAAGGAGCUGAUCAUUGGAGAUGUGUUUGUCAGGAUAUACAAUCAACAACCAACUUUCAUGCUUGAUGACGCCAAAAGUUUCACGAUGGAUUUGAUAGACUACUUAGGAUCGCAAGCUCAGUCUGUUGAACGAAUUUUAAAUGUUGAAGCCUCCUUAGAAGCACUGCAUAACGUCAUCAAAAAUAAUCCAGGUGUAGAGAUGCAGUGCAUUGGACAUUUCAAGCUGUUGUUUGCCCUGCUGAGGGUGGAUGGCUACCCCAAGGUCCAACAACAUGCACUCGAGGUGAUAUCUCUGGUGACGGCCAACCAGGAUUGUGUCAAUGACAUCUCAGCCUCCCAAGUCAUGUCCUACCUGCUUCUCGUCAUCAUGUCCCUACCGCAACACAACUGCUUGACCCUACAAGUUAUGCAUCCACUGACGUCAAACACCAGGUUACUCAAGGAAAUCAUCAACAAAGGGGGCCUCAUCUACCUUCUGCAUCUCUUCUGCAAUUCGACAUCGAGUCAGGUUCGUGAGCAGGCAGCCGACCUGAUGAGUCGUAUGAUGGCCGACAAGUUGGUUGGUCCGCGGGUCCGGAUCAUCCUCCUCAAGUUCCUCCCCAACAUCUUCAUGGACGCCAUGAGGGAGUCUGCCGAAACCAGCGUUGCUCUCUUCGAAGGGACCCACGAGAAUCCAGAGUUGAUAUGGAAUGAGGACGCGCGGUCGAAAGUCAGUUGGAGCAUCAGGGACAUGAAGGAUGAUUUUUACGGACAGCAGAAGAAUGAUCCGACAAUGAAGUGGACUAUAGACGAGACCAUGACACCUCUGUACGCCUCUGAGACGGGAGAGUUGGUCGUCGGCGAUGUCUACCUGCGUCUCUUCAUCAACAAUCCAGGGUGGGUGGUCAGGAAGCCGAAGGAGUUCAUGGUGGAGCUGUUUGAGAAGUGGACUCAACUGGUCUCCAUGGAGAAGAUCGAUGGCGAAAGUUUGGAAACAGUGACAACAGCCUUGACUUUGUUCUUGAACGUUCAGUCGUCCAUGUUGGAUCAAGUGCCCCAACUGGGUCACAUUCCUAAGCUGUUCACUUCCAUGCUGUCCAAUCAAAAUGCAGUCCCAGCAAGUGCCAUGAAGAUCGUUCAACAGCUCUCCAAUAGCCAAGUGUGCAUUCGAUCGAUGUCCCAAACUGAGUCGAUGCGGCCGAUGAAAGUGGCCAUGAAGGGCAGGAGGGACGUUGUUGGCGUGGCCUGUGAUGCCCUCAUGAAGAUGUUCAGCUGUCCUGACGAUGAUCUCAUUGAACAGAUCCUGAAGGCAGAAAUGAUUCCAUUUCUGUUGGGCUACCUACAAACUGGACUCGAAGGAUUGGAUAAUUCAUCAUCCGUCAAAGCUCAAAUCGUCAAGGGCAUCAAGUCACUACUUACGAAUGCUAAAUACACGGAGCAAUUAAUGGAUAUUUUGGAGAAGAGUGUCAUUUGGAAGGAUUACAAGGACCAAAAACACGAUCUCUUCCUCGCUGACAACCCUUGUGCUGGGUAUCUAACAGGUUCAGGAGUCGCUGGUUACUUGACAGCUGCCACGUCUCCAACUUCAUCCAUGCCUUCCAUUCCCCCACCUAUUAUCUGA